AUGACGGAGACACGGGAGACUGGUGCCCUGACAAUGACGGUGACACGGAAGGUUGGUGCCCUGACUCUGGAAUACGAAGAGGAUUCAAAUUAUUAUGAUGAAGAAGAAGUAAAAAGAAGGGAGGAAGAAGAAAGAAGGCAGGAAGAAGAAGACAAAAGGCACGAAGAAGAAGAAAAAAGGAGGGCAGAAGAACUAAAACAACGAAGACAAAAAGAACUGGAAAGAAGGAUGAUGCAGAAGGAUAAGACUGAGGAAGAACGAAAGAUCGACGACUAUUUUCAUGCAGCACUUGUCUGUUACCCGGGGCCACCAAAGGACUACGUUCCACCGGAGGUUGAAGAACCGGGUCCAGACGCUUCAAGAGAGGAGCACAUGAGGUAUGCCUUCCGCCACCAGAAGGUUUACCAGCACUCCACAGACUAUGUGCUCCCUUACAUGAGAGACCCGCAUGUAAAUGAGAAGCAGACUAUAAUGGUCAUGCAACCGAGGACUAAGGAAGAGACCGAACGUCUCCGAUCGAUAUUCGACGAAAAGCUGAAAAAGAUGAGGGAGAGAAAAGCCAAAGGUUUGCCGUUGAUUGAUGAGAAGGAAAAGGAGGAGGAGAAAGAUGGGGAAGAGGAAGAUGUGGAAGAAGAAGAUGUGGAAGAUGAAGAAGAUGAAGAAGAUGAAGAAGAUGAGGAAGAUGAGGAAGAUGAGGAAGAUGAGGAAGAGGAAGACGAGGAAGAGGAAGAUAAGGAAGAAGAAGAUGAGACAGAGGAAGAUGAGGAAGAGGAAGAUAAGGAAGAAGAAGACGAGGAAGAUGAAGAUGAGGAAGAGUACCAGCCGCCGGAGAAAAGAAGCAGAUCCCUACCGACUGACCGGGAGCCAGGACCGUCGUACUGGUAUUGA